AUGUAAUAGGGAUAAUUGUUGAAUUUGUAGAGAUUGGAAAGGUUUUAUAUGUAGACUUUGUCUUAGAAUGGAUGGGAGUCUCCACUUGUGGUGAAUGCAGCAGUAGAUUUUGCAAAUACAUUGAUAAAGGAUGGAAGAAUUCUUUUGAAAUAGGGAAAUAAUACAUAAGCAGAAAUGUUUUUUAAUAGAGCAAAAGAGGUAUAGAGAAAGAUCAGGAAUAUAUAGAUAACUACGCCAAUAUCAAUAACAAGUGGUAUAUUUUAUACAAAUACCUUUGUUAAAUCAAGAGGUCAUGCAAUAUUGUAGAUUUCAUAAUUGUAUGAAUAAUAAGGUUAAUUUUAAAAGGCUUGGAUGAAUUUAAGAGAGGUGUUGCCUUUUAUGGAUAAAUUUGCUUAUUCAAAAAGAGUGAAUAUAAGUGAAGAAGAUAAGUAAGUAUUAAAAUUGUAUGCCUAAUUAUUAUUUCAUGGAAGUGAAGUUUGUAGAAUGAUGCAUCGUAAAGAUGAUAUGUUAGAUUAACUUAACAAAUUAGUUGACAUUUUGUAAAGAUUGGGUAUCUCAUUUGAUUCUUUGAGGACAUUAACAUAAGAGGAGUUUCAUUAAGAAUAUAGAAAAUGGUUUAUGAUGUUAGCAAGAGCAUUUUAUUAUAUAGGGAAAUCAUAAUUUAAUGUAGGAUUUGAGAGAGAAUCAUUAAGAAAUUUAUAUAAAGCCUGGUAGAUUUAGGAAUUGAUAUUUGGAACAGAUGCACCUACUACUAUGAAGGCAAGAGAUAAAUAUGAAAAAUUAAGUUAGAAGAUGGAAUUUGAAAUGAUUAUGGGUCAUGAGAAAGUAGAUUUUCAAUAAUUCAAAGCAGAUCUAUAAAAAGAUGUUGGUUAAGAUUUAUUGCGUAAAGCACCCACAUUAAAACCAAAUAAAAAUUUUGAUGUAUAAUUAAUGAGUUUAAUAUUGAUUAGCAUCAUAUGUAGAAAUAAGUGAAAUCUUAUUAAUCAAUAGUUAGACAACUGUCAUCACAUUCUACUAAAUAUCAAAUGCCAGAGUAUGUAAAGAAAGUGAGAUAGGAAUACGAAGAAAAACUGAAGACUAUAUCAAAUUAAAAAUAGAUUGAAGAAUAUUAAUAAUAAGAAAAGCCGUUUCAAAUUAAACACUUGAAACUAUCAUCAAGAGCAGCUUCUACUUAUAUUAAUUAAUCACUUCUUUCUUAAGAUAAGUUAUUUUCACCUAGAUUAUCUUUGGCAAUGCAAUCAUAAAGAACUAGUUAAUUGAUGGAAAAUUAUAUGGAUAAAUUGAAGUAUUUAAUUAAUAUCCAAUUUAGAGUAUAGUUGUAAGAAGCAUAAUUAAAAACAGAACCUAUAGAUGAAAUUAUGCUCACUAGACCUUAACUUAAAUCUGAACAUUUUUAAUUAAGAAAGAAAACUACUAAAUAACAAGAUACAACUCAAUAGAUUAUUAUUAAUAAAAAGAAAAUUAAAUCUAAUAGACUUAUACCAAAAAUAUUAAAUAAAUAAAAUACUUAAAAUAUGAUACAUAAUAAAUCUGAUACUCAAUAAAGUGAAUAAAAAUUAACCAAAAUAUAUACUGUUCAAGAUUUGAAUAUCUAAUAAUAAUAAUAAUAAUUAGAUGAGAUGAGAAUACCUACUACUGAAUCACUAUUCGCAUAAUAAUAAUAAUAAUAAUCUCCUUAAUAAUAAAUUCUUAUUCCUCUCCUUUUAAAUGUCUAAACUGAGAUCACAGAAGAAAGUGACAAUCUCUACACAGAUCUAUUGAAUAAAUAUACUAUUGAAUAAUUAAAUUUCGCAGCAAAUAUUAUUUAAGACUAUUUUAGAAAAUAUAAAUGCAAUAUCAAAAAAAUUAUUACCUCUCAAAAUAUUGAAUAUACACCUUUGGUUAUUUCAAGAAGAUAAAGUCAAAUUAUUUAUAAUGAUAAAUAAGAAUCUGUUUCAACUAAUAGAGCUUCUAUGAAAGUAUCUGUUAAAGAACUCAAAAAUUCUAUUCGUAAAGGAGGCAGAUUUGAUUAAAUUGUUAGAGAAAUUAAAAACAAUGAAGCUGAAUAAAUUAGUACAAAUAAAGCAAAAACUGUAAACAUUUAUUAUAUAAAUUUAUUUUAGUUAGUAUCAAUUAUUGUUGAUUUCUAUAAUCUCCCAGAAUAAGAAUUGUAUUUUCUAGGUAAAUUGUUUUUUGAUGAUUAAAUCAAAUUCUGGAAAUUAUCAAAUAUAUCCAUAUGUGCUUCCAGUGAUGUGGGUUAAACUAAUAACGAAUUAGAUGAUGAUGAACCAACUUAAUUUUACAAUACACCUGCACAAAUAAGUAGUUUAUUUCCUCCAUUAUAUUGUAGAACAUUAAUUAGAACAUAUAAUGAACAUUUUCACUGAUUAACAAUCAAUUAUUGCAUUAUAACUUAUUGUUUACUUCUCACUAUAAAAUGAUGAUUAAUAAUACAAUCUCAAUUUCAAAAUCAAUAAUUUUGUUACUUAUCUUGAUGAAUAUUAGAGAUGGUUUUGUAAAGAUCGUUUAGAAAAUUUUAAUGGUCUACUUAGUAUAUAUUGUAAAUAAUAAAAUCUAUAUUAACCAAAUACUUGUAAAACUAUUGUAUUCUUAAAAACUGAGAUUGCUUAAUAAUUAGUUGGUAAAUUAAUGUAUGUACUUAAAAAUUAUUAUUAUCUCAUAAGAUCCAUUGUUGGAUAUAAAUUAGUUUCAAUGAAAGAUGCCAUCAAUAAAAAAUUACUCGAUUAAAUUAUUGACAAUACCAAAUGUUUAAGAAAUAAAAAGAUAGAAAAAGAAUAAAAAAGAAUUAUGUUUCUAAAACAAUUUAAAAAUGAACCUAUUAAAUAACAUUUAUAUCAACAUCAACAUGAAUAUCAAAAUUAAGAAUAACCAACAAUUACUUUAUCUACUUAAAGAAGACAUUAAAUAUAUACUGAGAAACAUAUUCAUGAAUAAAGUAUUGAAAUUUAAGAAUCUGAUGAUAAUAAAUCUUAAUUUUCUCAUUCAUAUGUAGCUCAAUCUGAUGAAUAAAAACGUGCUUCUAUUAAUUUUAAAUCAUUUGAAAAUAGUUCUGAAAGAGAAUAAGUUAAAUAAUCUCCUUAAAGAAACCCAAAAAAAUAAUAUACAACUAUUCAGAAUAGAAAUAAUAUGAUAAGUCUAAGAUUUGAACCUAUUAUCUCAUCAUAAGCACUUAUUAGAAGUACUAUUGCUCCUAAAAUUGGUAGUCAAUUUUCAGAAUUUGCUAAAAAGUAAAGAGAAGUUUAUGAACCACCUUAAUCUAAAAAAAGUUUAGAAGAUUUAUAAGAAUAUAAGGAUAGAUCACAAUCAGAAAUUUAACUAGUUCAAGAAUACUUUUCAGAAUUCUAAUUAGCAAAUUUGGAUGAUUACCAAGAUUAUUAACCAAAAGAAGGUCAUGAUAUUAAAUUUAAUUCUCAAAUGAAUAUGCAAUCUUAUUUUCCUCCUAAAGGUAUCAUAAUACAACCGGAACCUGAAUAAUAUAUUAAUGAAUAUCCAGACAACUAUGUUGCACUUAAUCUAAUAUUGAAGGAAAAAAACACUCUAUUCACUGCAUAUGUAUUGAUAUAGGAUUUUUAAAGCUAUCUAGUUAUCAAUAAUUAAGAUGGAAGUUCUGUAAAAAAAUAAAUAAACAUUGAUUUUGGAGUAAGAUUACCCAGUAAAAAAAAGAAAUUAGAACUUAUCAAUAUUUUAAUGUAAGAAGAUUAAAUAAUUAAAUUAUCAUUAAUAUAAGAAUUACUUUCAUACAAUUUGAGGCAUACAUUGAUUUUAUUGGACAGAUAUGUUAAAAGAAUUAAUCAUUAUGAUAUAUUGAUUAGCAAUGAAAUUUAUGAAUAAUUAUAAGCCGAUCAAUUAUUACCUUUUACUAAUAUUAAUAGUUUAAUUUAUUCAGAGAGAAUUGCAUAAUUAAACAUUGAUUAGAAAGAAUCUUAAUUGGAUUCUGAAGAAAAUUAUUAGUUGUCUAUUGUGAAUGAUACUAAACAUGAAAAUUAUGAUGAGAAAAUUUUAGAAGAAAAAUCAUUUAAAAAUUAUAGAAGUAAAUUUAAUAUUAUGAAAAACAAAUUUUAUUUUAAAGAUACUAAUUCAUAUUUUAGAGUUGAAGUGUGUUUCAAAGAAACAAAAGUCUUUGACACAAAAUUAUUAUAUUUAAGUGAUCAAUAGGCUAAAUAAGAUUUAAUAAUUCUGAAAAAGAAUAUGCAUGAACUCAUAAGAUAGAAAAAAUUAUAAAUUAAAAUUAGACUUUAUUAUCCUAAUUAAAGAUUAAUGUAUUAUAGAACAAUACAUUAAUAACAAGAUCUUGAAAAAAUAUUACACAUCUUUAAUAAAACAUAAUUGAUUGGUCAACAAAUUAGAUCAUAAUCCAAAAUUUAACGUCGAUUAAUAGGCAAAGAAUUACAAUUUAAAAGAUAGUAGAUUACUUUGGAAGAGAGAAAUAGAGAUAAGUAUAGUGCUUUAGAUCAAUUUUUAUUAAUGUACAUUUUAGAUCCUUUGUAGUUCAUCAGAAAUGAAAAUCAAAGACUAUUAAAACAAACUAUUCUUUUUUAUUAUUUUAAAUAACAAUUGAAAUUAACUUUAAUUUCAUCAAGUCGUUUAAGAUAUUUUAUGAAUACUUAUUUUCUUAGAAAAACAUUUAAUGCCUAGAGUAGAGUCAGCAAUAUAGGCAAGGUCUUUGUAGAAUGUGAAAUCUAUUAAUUCAAUAAAUUUUAUUUCGAUUAAGAAAAUGGAGAACAUACUUACUUUUAUUUCUAAAUAACUCCUUAAGAAAGUCGAACUAAAAUAUUUAAAUUAGUAUUAGAUCUUGCAGACAUUAAAAGCAUUUAUUCAAAAGUUACAUUCAAUAAUUGUUUUAACAAUAAGAUUUUACAUGAUAUUCUCAAAAUUUUAACAGCCUAUUUAAUUUGUUAUAGAACCAAUACUUAUCAUGGAAUUAAAAUACCAUUGUCAUAUAUCAUUAAUCAAUCAAAAUAUGAUCUUCAUAAUUCAUUUACUGAAGUUACAUAUGGAAGCAACAUAUUGGAAGAAUAAUAAAAUUCGAGACCUUCUUAACCUAAACUAUCGAUUUUAUUAAAUGAAAAUGGAUUUCGUAAAAAAUCAUAAACCCAAAUUAUGAAUGUUUAAAUUGAAAAUUUAUAAUUACCUGAGGAGGCUAGCAGAAUAUUAAAAAAUACUUCUAUGUUGACUGCAGUAUUUAGAGGAUAAAAAUUUAUAUAUAAAACUACUAAAGUUGUUAAUUCUAUGUAUGUAAUUAUCACUGUCUCUUAUCUUUCAAUUAAUAAAUUUCAAAUAGGAUUGUACAUUCCAUAAACUUGUAGAAAUUUUAGUUGCUAUAUCCAAUAAAGUGAUUUUUAAUAAAUGAGUCCUAAUUUUUUAGAAUCUGUAUUUCCUUCAUGUUUAGUAACAAAAGAAACUAUCGAUUAAUUUUAUAUAAAUAGAUGGAAAUUCUCUGAAAUCAGUAAGAUUUACUAAAUGGCAGUAAAUCAUCCAGAUGAAUUUGAAGAUUUUUAUAGUGAAAUGAGGAGUUAAGCAAGAGCUAUUCCAUAAUUAGAAUUAUAAAAAUUAACAGAGAGCAAAGUAUCUAUUAAUAAUGAAGAUGAAUUGCUUGAAAAACCAAAUGAUGGAACUCCUAGAAUACUUGAAUCUUUUAGUGAUUAAAGUAGAUAGAAUGUAAGGUCUUCGACUUAGCCUCCAAUAUUUUUGAAAAAACAAAUUGCUAAACAAUAUAGUAUAUAAAAUUCAUUAGGUAAUUUAAAUCGAUUAACAUUACCUGUUUAAUAAAAUAUUCCUCGUACAGAUAAAAGUCUAUUUUUUAAACAUAGUCCACGAAUUUCGAAUCAAGGAAGUAUGGAAAAUUACUAUUAAAGCGAUAAAGAUUUAUUUUUUAAUUAAAUACUUGUUAGAAAAAAUAAUCUUGAUAUGAUUUCAACUUUUGAAAUAAAGAUUUGGGAAACUCUAAUGAAUAAAAUAACAAUAACUAAGAACUCUUAAAAUCAUUUCAUUUUUAAUCUUGAUUCAUUUUAAGGAGUCCUCAGAGAAAAUCUCUAUACAUAAGUAGUUUAUUUAGGUAAUGAAGUAAAUGCUUUGUUCGAAGUAUUUGUAGAGAAUGUUCGAAAACCAUUGGAUAUGUUUAAAGGUUGUGUUCCUAUCAGAUUAAAUGAAAGCUAAAACUUUUAACUCUACUAAAGAAUUACUCUAUUUGAAGAACUUAAGGUUAUUAACUUUAAAUUAAUGUUACGGAAAGUCUUAUAUAGCUAUUAUAAUGAUGAAAGGAGAAAUCUAUAGAAUUUAAAAUUAAAGGAUUCAUUUGUGGAGUCAUAUGAAUUUAUUCAAUCAGAUAUAUAGAAAUGUUCAGUAUACAUGCUGAAUAAAUUGAAAAAGCAAUUAAAAUUAAAUCCAAGUACAUUCAUCAUUUAAGAUGUUAUGGGAGAUGAGAAAUGUCCAUAAUUAAUAAAAGUUAAUGCUAAUUAUAAGUAAUAUGCUGCAUUUAAAGUAUGUGUCAAUUAUUAUAUAAUAGUAAUAUUAAUAUGUGCUAUUAAAGAGAAUGAUUUUUACAAUGAAACCAACAUAGAUAUAUGUUUCCAUUUUUUAUUAAGAAAAUAGAAGAAAGUUUCAUUUGUAUUUUGAGAGUAUGAAAAAUUGUAAGAAUGUCACAAUUAAAUAUUCUUUAAAAGAUAUAUUAUAAUGUAUUCCUAGUGCAAUCAGUUUAUUAAAUUUAGGAUUGCAUUAAGAAUUAGGUAAAAGAAUAUAUCAAAGCUUCAAAAAUAGACUGCUAGUUUUAACUUAUUAAUAAUUGCUAUGA